CCAGCAAGUCACCGUUCAGCCGCAACCAUGCGUAGCACGCUUCUCUUCCUGUCCCUCCUCUCCUCGCUGGUAUCCGCCACGCCAGCCCCCGUCUACCCGGGCUUCAAGACGGUCUGGUCAGAUGGCUUCGAAGGCAGCGCCGGCGAUACCCCCAACAAAAACAGGUGGAACCUGAUCACCGACGUCCGCACAAACGGCGAGAUCCAAACCUACUCGACCUCAAACCGCAACCUCCAAAUCUCGGGCGGCGGCACCGUCCAGCUCGUCCCGCUCAAGUCGAAAAAGUCCGGCAAGUGGACGUCGGCGCGGAUCGAGACCAAGAAGGCCUUCACGCCCAAGCGCGGCAAGCUGACCAUGUUCGAGGCGGCGAUCCGCUUCGGCGACAACCCGGCGUCGCGCCGCCAGGGCCUCUGGCCCGCCUUCUGGAUGCUCGGCGACGCCGUCCACCACGGCACCGAGUGGCCCCUCUGCGGCGAGCUCGACAUCAUGGAGACGGUCAACGGCCUGCCCACCGCCCACGGCACCACCCACUGCGGCGUGGGGGAGGUCGGUGGGCCGUGUCACGAGCCCAUGGGGAGGGGCGCGUCGGUGGGUUUGUCCGAUUAUGGUUGGCAUACCUGGACCCUGCAGGUCGAUCGCACGAAUGGGGAGGGCGGGUGGAAGGGGGAGGUGAUCAGGUGGUUGGUCGAUGGGAAUGUGUUUCAUCAGGUUACCGGCGCCGAUAUUGCUGAUCAGGGCAUCUGGGCUACGCUGGCGCACUCGCCUAUGUUUAUGAUUCUGAAUGUUGCUGUGGGCGGGAGCUGGCCGGGUGACCCGAACGCCGCGACUGCCGACAGCUAUGGCAGCAUGAUGGAGGUCGAGUAUGUUGCUGUCUACUCGUCGUAGUCGGGAUGUGGUUUUUGGAGGGGGCUCGUUUUUGGAAAAAGAUUGUUUUGGGUCUAUUUUUAUCGACAGCGCAGGAGCUGGCUGGGUGGGCACGGGAUCGAUAUGCAUUUCGGGGGUGUUGUGUCCCUGGCAUAUCACGGGGUUCCCGGGUUGGCUUUUGGGAGACUUCAUGAUACCUCUGCUGUUUUGAUCAGUGGAUUCUGUUCGGCGGAUUGUUGGCCAUGGCCAUGUUCCAGCGUUUUUGCAUUCUAGGAUGUACAUAUUCUUCACCCUCGCUCUGGUACAUGCAGCAAGUUUGGCUUGCCAAAUUGGACGUCCUGUUUACACCUCGCAC